AUGGAAUUCUGGAGAAGGAAGAGCAAGGAGAGAAAGUGUUUCCUCAAAAACGGAAGCAUGUUCCUUGAGAAGCUCAUAGCUGACUGUAAUGGCAUAUCAAACCCUAUCAGAAUGUUCUCUUCUCAUCAAAUCUCCAAGGCCACCAGUCACUUCGAUCUCGAGUAUUCUCUUCCUCAUACUCCAUCCCCCUUAAGGUGGUACAAGGGAGUCAUCGAAGGUAGAUCUUACUUGAUCAAGAGAUUUACAAGGCAAGUGUGUGAAGAAGAAGAGAGUGCUUACAACGAUAUUGUGUUAUCUUCUCGGGAAGUGUUGGUUUCGAGGUGUUGCCUUGGAAUGUACGUUUGA